GCUACUUGCUGCUGGGCUGCGACGGCGUUUGGGAGCGGUUUACGAACCAGCAGGUGGCGGACUUCCUGCUGAAAAGGCUCCCAUCUUCGCGUUCCAUCUCCCAGGCGUGCGCCGAGUUUCUUGACAGCUGCUUGGCAGCGAACAGUCAGAACGGAGCGCAAGCCCUAAACCCUAAACCCUAA